AUGGCGAAAACUCAAGACAGCCCAUUGCAGGUUGCCGUUGUUGGAUAUGGACUGGCUGCCAAAGUCUUCCAUAUACCCUUCAUCCAAGCUUCACCUCUCCUCGAGUUAAAUGCCAUCGUACAACGCAAACCGACCAAGGAAUCAUCAGCCCCCGAUGACCACCCCUCGCUCGCGCAUUACACUACCCUCGACCCCGUGUUACAAGAUCCAGCGAUUGAUCUUGUUGUCAUUACAACCCCUCCAGACUCCCACUUCAAUCUGUCAAAGCUCUGUUUACAGGCUGGAAAGCAUAUUCUUGUCGAAAAGCCAUUUGUGCCGACGGUGGAGGAGGCCGACCAAUUGAUUGGCAUUGCCCGCGAGAACAACCGAUUGAUCUGUGUCUACCAGAACAGGCGAUGGGAUAGUGACUUUCUCACUGUCAAGGGUCUGAUCAAAGAUGGCAUUUUUGGUCGGAUUUACGAAGUUGAUACGCAUUUCGACUAUUAUCGCCCUGAGCAUUUCGAGACCUGGAGAGGCCAGCUGGGCACAACCGAGGGUGGUGGAGCCCUGUUUGAUCUAGGAGCGCACCUGAUCGACCAGGCUUACACACUAUUUGGUGUGCCUUCUUCGGUGUACGGAGUGCUCUCGAGCCAACGAGAUGGACGCAUAAGCCCAGACAGGCCGGACAGCGUGCAAGCGCAGCUAAACUACGCUAACGGGCUCAUUGUCAACAUUCGAAUCAGCGACAUGAGUGUUGAAACAACACAGAGGCGAUUUUGGAUUCGUGGAACGAAAGGUUCUUUCACCAAGAAUGGGAGAGAUUCGCAAGAAACCCAACUUGAGGCGGGAUUGGCUCCUGAUGCUACCGGGUUUGGAGAAGAGGGUCCUGCGAACAAAGGGCAUCUUGUUUGUGUGGAUGCGGACGGAAAAUUUCAAGACAGGGACUAUAUUAUCGAGGCGCCCAAGACAUAUGGCGGUCUCUAUGAAGGCUUUGUCGAGGCGAUCCGAUCUGGGAGUGAAGAUGCCGUUCCGGUACCGCCAACUGAGGCCAGAGAAGUCUUGCGUGUCAUCGACGCCAUUUACAGAAGCGCAAAGAUCGGACAGGUGGUUGAGAUUUAA